AUGAGUCUCCCUCAACGUUCACACACUCCCGCGCAAGAUGACCUAGACGUCUACUUCGAAGUCGAUAUGACUUCCGAUAACAAGUCGACUACCCUCACUCGGAUCAGCUACCAAGGACGUCCCACUCAGCACCUCGACAGAAGUCUUCCCAGCCAGCAACAUCUCCGUCCGAUAUCUCAAAAGGACCUCACGUCGAUUCCAGCCGUCGACGAGCUGCUUUAG